CUCCCAGCUUUGUGCCUCACUGAAGCUAAUUGGUGCUACCCUAUGUAACAUGGGAAUUGGGCCGUCAUUGGAGCACAGGCAACCAUGAGGGUUACACCCAUGCUGUCCUUAAAGCUAACUCUUCCUUCCCCGGCAUCCUUAACUGCCAGCAGCUCCUUACCUAGAGCUGAGGCCUGUGUGCCCAUUCUUGGUCCACGCUGAAAUGGCGACCGGCUGGAUCUUGUGCAGGUGGCCAGCAGCUCUUAGCUCGUGAGUGCGAUGGACGAUCUGUCACGUCCAGGAGACGGCAUUGUACAGCAGUGCUUCCUGACCUCUGGAUCUUAGAGUCUUUCCACCCCUCUCUUGAAAACUCCCUGAGGUUUGAGGGAGAGAGGGUAUGAUGUAGAUACACCCCAUUUAGGGCUGCAGUGACUUGCGUACUUCUCGGCACUUUAGCCAGUCGUGCGUCUCCAAGCCCUGCCGACCACAUCACUGAUGAAUUUCACUGCGCUAAACUGUGGGUAUAAAGAGAAGUAUUUAGAAGACAGUUUGAUUCUAUGUCCAUCUAGCAAGAUGAUAGUAGCAGGUUCUCCAGGGCCUAUGACCUCCCAGCUUCAGUUUCUCGAUCGAGGUUACAGUACUAGGCGUGAGUUCCCUUCUGUAGAAUGGACCUUAAGUCCGUAACUGCUCAUUACUGUGACACUCAUGCCUCUGUUGCAUAUCUUGCCAGGGUGGCCAUUAUUCUACAGCUCACAGGUUCUAGCUAGGAAAGGGGUUUGAUUACUUCUUGUUUGCAGCAGCCUGCGUGACAUCUUCUAGUACUAAAAGCUAGCCAGCAGGGACAGAGUUUCCAGGUUAGCACCCACUUGAAUACUCUGUGUCCUAUGAUCAGUAAUAGGGUGCUACCAUCAAACAUUGUUGGACAAUUAAGAGAGUAUUUUUGUGGGGAAGUGUCUCCAGGGGCCCCCUUGACCAACAACUUGAAGUCUUUCUUUUAAAUCCUCAUAUAAUACAACAGCAGUAUCUCUCCUCUCUCCUCCUCCCAGCCCCUCCCCCACAUCGCUCCUGUACUCCAGAUCCAUGCCUCCUACCUUUCCCUUCAGAAAAAGGCAGGCCUGCCAGGGAUUUGAAACAAACAUGGCAUAUCAGUUUGUAAUACAGCUAGCCAACCCCGCCUCGCCCACCAUGAAAGCUGGAUGAGGCAACCCAACAGGAAGAGUAGGGUCCCCAAAGCAGGAAAAACAGCUUUGUGUGGAGGUUGUAAUGGAGCAGAAAGCAUAUCACAGGGUGAAGGGGUGCCCAAGUGACCCUGCCUGUGACCUAGAUAUGAUUACUCUAUGGUGACAGAAGCUUUGUGCUUCUGACACCCUCUCCCAUGUGUAAAUUUCCUAAAAUGCAUCCUUGUGCCAGCCGACCUGGUCUUUACCCCCCAUGGAGUCUGUGGCUCUUGGACACAAGCUCUGCACAGCUCUAUCAUGCUGAGUUGUUUGUGUGAGCUCCAAGGUGGAGGCUCAAUUUACUGUUUACUCUGCAUGUCGUAAAUUAUCUUCUGGUUUGUUUUAAACAGCAGCAGAACAUCAGCGGAAGGCUGAAAAAACGUGAAAAACAUGGUAGGUACCUGGACUGCAGAAAGGAUACUGAUUUCCAGUGAGCCGAAACAAGAUUACAGGCCACGUGUGGAGCACUGUUGAGUGGGACUCAAAUUGCUCCCUCUGCUUGCGUUCAGACGGCUCCAGGUGCCAGAGUGACAUCUGAUCACUCCCAAUAAUAAGUAGCCAGUGACAUCCAGCCACCAGCAGUCAGAGCCAGCAGGCUGCUGUCUUCCAGGACAAAUGUCUUUUCUCAAGUUCUAUCAAGUCAGCAUCUGUAAACAUCGCUUAGGUUGACAGCAGCACAACAGAUCCUUGUUACCUUCAGAUUCUGUGCUCAGGAAGUCAGCUACUCGUCAGUCAGCUAUUCCAGGAUCCACACAGAGCAUGUGACUCAUAACUCGACGUGGACUCCAGCUGAGGUGCAGUAAGCCAACAUUCUGCAUCCAUCUGCCGUUAGCCUUAAAUAAGUGUCUUUCUCCUGGACUUUUACCUUAGUCUCAUAUUGGCACAUCUUGAUGGUAGUUUUCCCGUUUAUGACAGCUCCAAGCUGGCCCUGGGAGCACAGACCUACAGUCUUCACGUGUGGGAGGCAAAAGCAGGAGAAUGGAGUUGGCAGCCUGGGUUAUACAGUAAGACUGUCUCAAGAACAAAAACAAAAAGAAGAAAACACAAAAGCUCCAGGCUGUGAGGAGGAGUGGAUCUGUCGGGUCCACUCAGGAUAGUCUCACCUAGAUGCUAGUUAUACACGGUAGCCGGCGAGUUGCGACAUGCAGCCUCAGGAACGUGCAUACAUGUGUGUUCCUGGUGUGUCUCAUGCAUUCACAGUUUGACUCAUGCAUAUAUGUGGGCAUGUGUGUGUCUAGAAGUACAUGCCUAAGUGCCUGCAUGCACUGGUAUGCGUGGACGUGCCUAGGAGUAACCACAUGUUACGAGUACAGACUGAAUGGCUGUAUAUGCGUGUGUGUGAGUACCCAUGUAGGAAUGUUCAUGUGUAUAUGUGUGAAUAUGAGUAUGUGUGGUGGUGUGGAUGCCUGUGUGCAAGGAUGUUUGCAUGUUAGGCAUAUGGGUAACUUCUGUGUGCUUAUGUGAAUGCCAGUGUGUGAAGACCUGGAUGUGUUGUGUGUGCAUAGACUGUAAGGGCCCGGGGUCGGGGGCUGGAGAAAUGGCUCUGCUCUUCCAGAGGUCCUGAGUUCAAUUCCCAGCAACCCCAUGGUGGCUCACAACUGUCUGUAAUGGGAUCAGAUGUUCUCUUUUGGUGUGUCUGAAGACAGCGACAGUGUAAUUACAUAAAUAAAAUAAAUACAUCUUACAGAAAAAAAGAGCUGGGGAUUCUGUGGCCCAACAGUGCUGGGCUCCACUGGACUUGAACACAUGCUACACUUUGUUGUUGUUGCUGGAAACCUUGUCUUAGGAUGUGAUUGUUUUGCCAGGCUACUGAAGGUUUAAGUCCGGGCAGUUGAAGAGUGUUGUAGGUAGCGGUUGUCAGCACAAGGGUCAUUUUGUGGCUGGGAAGGGACAGCCCUCGCCCAAGGUGAUGGUGGUUAGCAAGAUGAACAAAGAUGCAGAGAUGAGAGCCAUGGUUAACCAAAAGUUAAUAGAAGCUGGAGAACGAGAACGCCUCAAAGAGUUGCUGAGAGCUGAGUUAACUGAGUGCAGCUGGAAGGAUCAGUUGAAGGCACACUCUAAAGAGGUAAUUAAAGAGAAAGGACUAGGAUACAUUACCAUUGAUGACAUGGUGGCUGAACUCACUCCAAAAGGCAGAGAGCCCUGGUACUUGACAGUGUAAAAGAAGGAACUCCUACAGAGAAUGAGAACAUUUCUUGUUCAGCAUGCCAGUGGAUUUAUUUCUGAAAGUAAAAUUUGCCAUAGUUAGAAAUUGAUUUCCCAAAAUAAAGUCCUUUUUUGUAUGAUGGUUUAAAAAAAAAUGUGAUUGGUUCCAUGGGAGGAAAAAAAAGAUCUGAAUACCAAGUUGUCAAAAGGGCUUUUGCUGUUUUGUUGCCUCUUUUCUGGAAAUCAGAAGGUUUAAAGAAUGUCCUACUGGGCUGGAGAGAUGGCUUAGUGGUUAAGAAAACUGGCUGCUCUUC